CGAAAGCAGCCAAUCGGCGCGGCGGCUUCCAGUCCUCGCCGCGCUGGGCUCCGGCGGGCCUGAGAGCUUCAGACCGCGAUGCUGAAAGCCAAGAUCCUUUUCGUGGGGCCCUGUGAGAGUGGAAAAACUGUUUUGGCCAACUUCCUGACAGAAUCUUCUGACAUCACCGAAUACAACCCAACCCAGGGAGUGAGGAUCCUGGAAUUUGAGAACCCCCACGUGACCAGCAACACCAAAGGCACGGGGUGUGAAUUUGAGCUAUGGGAUUGUGGCGGAGAUCCAAAGUUUGAGUCUUGCUGGCCAGCCCUGAUGAAGGACUCGCACGGGGUGGUGAUCGUCUUCAACGCCGACCUCCCCAGCCACCUGAAGGAAAUCGAGAUGUGGUAUUCCUGCUUCGUCCAGCAGCAGUUCCUACAAGACACUCAGUGUCUGCUGAUCGCACACCACAAACCAGGCUCCGGAAGUGAUAAAGGAAACCUAACUUUGUCACCCCCGUUGAACAAGCUGAAGCUGGUGCACUCGAAUCUUGAGGAUGACCCCGAAGAGAUCAGGUUGGAGUUUAUAAAGUAUUUAAAAAGCAUAAUCAACUCGGUGUCUGAAAGCAGAGACCGGGAGGAGAUGUCAAUUAUCACCUAAGCGGCCUUCAUCUGGACUCUUCCACUUGCACAUGAGGUCAACUUGUUCCCCGGGGCGGACCUGGAAUCUUACCCAGCUACCUAUGUGUCCUUCUCCCUGUGGCUGUAGAAGAGAUUUUCCUUAUCUGCUCUCAGGUUCCGGUCAGCCAGGGAGUUGACUCAUACCAUUUAUUCUCUGUCCUUAGUUCAACUGAGAAAAUCCUAUAUUGCCUUCUGAUUCCUUUGCCCCAAACCUCUCCAAGAGCUGGAAAACUGAGCUGUUUUCCUUUCCCCUUCAUAUAUGUCAAGUGAUAAAAACUGUGGAACUGUAACUGUCAGAACCAAACGAUUCUGCAAUAGUUUAAUUCCUGUGUAUUGGUUUGAAGGUGAUUUUCUUUGCUUAGUUCAUUCAACAAAUACUGACAUGUCGUGCUACACUGUUCUAGGAGCUGAUGGUAUGCAGUGUGAGCAAAACAGAUAAAAAUCCUCCCCCUCGUGGAGCUGCCUUUCUGUUCCUCUAAAUAACAGGGAGGUAGAGUCCAACACUAAGUCUUACACCUUCGCUAUGGAGGAAAAUGAUAGAUUCUUCCAUUUUCCAUAAUUGGUCUAAAUCUCAUGCUCCCCUCCUCCUAGGUAAGGAGGGGACCCAGACCACAUCUGAUGCCAAAUGAGGGUACAAUUGAUCCUCCCUUGUGGGUUCUGCGUUUGCGAAUUUGCCGACUGGCUCCAACUGAUUUGUAACCCCCAGAUCACUACUCACAGUGCUUUCGGUAAUUCAGAGCGACAGAAAUCUGGAUCAUCAGUCACGCUCGUAUCCAGCUAAGGCUGAACAAGGCCACGCUCUGCCUUCUUGUUUCAGCUCUCGAACUAUACAAGUGUCCUUGUCAUAGCCUGUUGGGUGCCCCAUUUUCACUUUUCUGUGCUUUUCGUGAGUGGUUUUGCUGUUUAAAAUGACCCCCAAACGUGGUGCGGAAGAGCUGGCUAAUGUUCCAAAGUGCAGAAAGGCUGUGAUGUGACUUACGGAGAAAAUUGGUGCUUUAGAUAAGCCUCAUUCCAGCAUGAGUUCUAGUGCGGUUGGCUGUGUGUUGAAUGUCGAUGAAAUCAACCACGUAUAUUGAAUAAGGUGUCUUUAAGUAGAAGCGUCCAUAAAACAAGGUUACAUAUUGAUGGUUGAUGAAAUUGAUCAGAGGCACACAGGAAUGUAACCCUGCAUUUCCCCAGAAGCAGCGCUUUGCUAUUCCCUCAUCCAGGGCGCAUGGUGACUUCACAGGCCAUAAGGACCAUGAAUAGUGAGAAUCAACUGUUUUUCCAUCUCUACAAUUUAAAAGUUUCCACGUUAGUUCAGUCUCCUUGGGUUCAUCAACUCAAGGUUACGAUCUACUUCCUCGCCCUUUUCCCCAAGACGGUGUUAGGGUGUCCAGACAGGGUCUGUGCUACUAUUGGGGCAGCUGUUCCAAGGUUCCGGUUCCCUUCCUGACUGGCCGCCCUACUGGCCAUCUCCGGUCAAGUCCAGGACUGGUACUGUCAGUGGCACGGGUUUUCUCCUUGGAAUGAGGGGUCCCAGGCUGACUCCGCCACAUCCUGCCUGGGCCUGGCCCUGCGCAUUUCUGAGAACCAGCUGUGUCCUCCAUACAUCCCAGAUCUCUGUGGGUCUCUGUGGCAGGACCACUGGACUCCUUGCCACAGCUGGCCUGUCUGGUCCAUCCUCAACUCUCAGCUUCCUGGGAGAAAAAGAGGAUUUUCAGGGGAAUCGAGAAUAUAGCAGGUGGAUAUUCUCAAAUAUUAUCCCUGUUAUGAUAGUUAGAGAUGCAGUGUUCUCAUUAUAAACUUACAAGGCGGUUUACUUGAUCACUUAGGAUAAUUUUUUAAUAUAACAAUCCUGUUACUCUUUUUAAACGUGUAAAAUAUACAUAACAUAAAAUUUGUCAUUUAACCAUUUUCAAGUGCAAGUCUGGCGUUCCAUGCAUUCACAGUGUUGUGCGCCCAUCUCCACUACACGUCUCCGGAACAUUUUUAUCACCCCAGACUGAAACUCUGUACCCGUUAAACACUAACUCCCCAUUCCCCCUCCCCCCAACUCCUGGCACCCACCAUUCUACUUUUUGUCUCUCUGAAUUUGACUACUCUAGGGACCUCAUAGAAGUAGACUCAUACAGCAUUUUAAGUUUUGUGACUGGUGUAUGUCGCUGAGCAGAAUGUCCUCAAGUUUCAUCCAUGUUUAGCAGGUGUCAGAAUGCCCUUCCUUUUUAGGGCUGAAUAAUAUUCCAUUGUAUGGACAGAUUGUAUCUUGUUUAUCCAUUCCUCUGUCGGUGAUUGUAAAUAAUUUGCUAGAACAGUAGUGUACGAUUCACCUCGGAUAUCUUUCUUUCAAAGAUUUCAUUUUUAAGUAAUCUCCACACCUAAUGUGGGGCUCGAACUCACAACCCCGAGAUCAAAAGUCAUGCACUCCACCAACGGAGCCAGCCAGGCAUCCCCCACCAAGGAUAUUUUUGAAGAAGAUUAGCAUUUAACCUCUCCAAGAUUUUGUUUAAAUAUCCUUGAUAUCUGGACAUCAUUAUCAGCUUGGAAGGCAGAAUACACAUAACAUCUUCUAAAAAGUUUUUUAUGAUCUUAGGGGAACUUAAUUCUGAAGUAUUCCUUCAGGUAAUAAAUGUAAAAACAAUGUUAUAUCGUCCUAACACCUAAUUUGUAAAAACCAUCAAAAGUGUUAAUGCUCAGAAU